AUGCCGGCGAUAGAUCGCGUCAACAUUGGAAUGCGCCCAACUGCUAUGCCUUGCGAACCAAACCCACUCUCCUUACAUCACAUUCCCACCAUGUGUCCUUCAUUGCAGCGUCCAGUGUCUGUCGUUACACAUUCACCUAGCCCCUCCCUUAGCCCCGUUUUACCUCGGCCGUUAUCUUCGGCUAGAUUUGACAAACCACAGCUUUCAUUCGGCGGGCUACUUUUUACAGCCAUAGCCUUACGGUUCUAUGCCACGUACACCGGCGGCCGCGUUCCGGAGGCCUACAGUGAGAUGGCGAUUGCCACUUACACAAAUCGUCCUCCGACACAGUGUUUGCAUCCACUUUCGCGGAUGCACAAAACUCCUACAAUUUCUCAUUACAUAUUAACCUCAGAACUGCCUGUAUCUAGAAGAGUAUCCUGCUACUAUUAUCACUCACGUCAGCGGUAUCACUACUACAGUUAA